UGUGUAUAUAUAUGUAUAUUCUUAUCUAACUUUCUCACUCAAACCUAUCUUUCAUUGUCUCUAUACUUUUUAUCCUCUCUUUGGUUUUUUUCUCUUCUCUUGCAUCUCUACCUUGCUCUCACCACAAGGUAAAGGGGGAGAUGGCAGAGUGUAAUAGAGAAGACUAUUUCCUUGCCAAUGACGUUGAGUCAACAUCCGCCGGCAAGAAGUAUGGUGGGCUUGUCCCAAAGAAAAAGCCUUUGAUAUCCAAAGAUAAUGAAAGGGCAUUUUUUGAUUCAGCAGACUGGGCAUUAUGCAAGCAAGGUGCUGGAGUGAAUCAACAAUCUACAGCAGCCGUAGAGACUCUGCGACCAAAACUAAAGAGAACUCCACAUCAGCAGCUUCCCCCAAGAAGACCAGCAUGCACAUCUGGUUGAUGUAAAUUGGGAGAGAAGAUUCAAUAAUUGGCACAAGGAUUUGCUCAUGAGUCAAUUUUAUAAAUGUCAUGAUGUUCCAAAUGGUCUGAUGUAUAUUACGAUUAAUUCACUUGAUACUUUUGAUUAUUGGAAGUUAAAUAAAGAGUGUAGCUUU